CUGAGGGCCGGGGCCCGGCGUGGCUGGGGGAGGCGGGGCUCGCCUCUCUUCGUCACGCAGUGCAAAGCCUGCGAGUCUCAGGAGAACAACGGGCUCAUUCAGCGGGUGGCAGCGAGGGGCGCGCCAGCCGCAGUCGGGCGAAGGGCACAGAGCAGCAGCAGCAGGUUCCCGCUCGGUCGCAGGCCAGAGCCGUGGGAGCAGAUGGCCCCCGGGCAGACGCUCCUCUACCUGUCCCUCUUCCCCUGGCUCGCCGCCGCCUUCAACCUGGACACGGACAAUGUGAUCCUGCGGAAAGGGGAGCGGGGGAGUCUGUUCGGCUUCUCGCUGGCCAUGCACUGGCAGCUGCAGCCGGAGGACAAGAGACUAUUGCUGGUUGGAGCACCUCGGGAGAGAGCCUUUCCAUCCCAGCAAGCCAACAGAACUGGAGGGUUGUAUAGCUGUGACAUUACAUCCCCAGAGACACAUUGCACACGUGUCCUCUUUGAUGACAAUGCUGAUCCAGCAACGGAGAGUAAAGAAGACCAGUGGAUGGGUGUAACUGUCCAAAGUCAGGGGCCAGGAGGAAAAGUGGUGACAUGUGCACAUCGCUAUGAAAAAAGGCAAUAUGUAAACACAGUUCAGGAAUCUCGUGAUAUCAUUGGAAGGUGCUACCUGCUGAGUCAGGAUCUCACUAUUAAGGAUCCUAAGGAUGACGAGUCUGCUAUGGAUGGUGGAGAAUGGAGUUUUUGUGAUGGCCGACUGAGGGGCCAUGAGAAAUUUGGUUCAUGUCAGCAAGGUGUAGCUGCUACUUUUACUAGAGACUAUCAUUAUGUUGUAUUUGGUGCUCCAGGAACAUAUAACUGGAAAGGGGUGGUUCGUGCAGAGCAAAAGAAUCAAACGUUUUAUGCUUUGGAUAUCUUUGAUGAUGGGCCUUAUGAAGUUGGUAGUGAGAGUCGCCGAGCUGAGAAUCUAGUUCCUGUUCCAGCUAACAGUUAUUUAGGUCUUCUGUUUUUGACAAGUGUGUCUGAUACUGAUCCUGAUCAGUUUGUAUACAAAACAUUGCCUCCCAAUGUAAUGGUGGACAAGUCCACUGGUGUGAUGAUGAAUAGCUACCUAGGUUUCUCUUUGGACACUGGUAAAGGUAUCGUUUCCCAAGAAGAGACAACUUUUGUAUCAGGUGCACCAAGAGCCAACCACAGUGGAGCUGUAGUUCUGCUGAAAAAAGAUACUGAGGUUCCGAGAGCACUCUCGCUUGUGCAUAUAUUUGAGGGAGAAGGGCUGGCCUCUUCUUUUGGCUAUGAUGUUGCAGUUGUGGACCUCAACAAUGAUGGUUGGCAAGAUAUUGUUGUUGGAGCCCCACAGUAUUUUGACCGAGAUGGAGAAAUUGGGGGUGCUGUGUACAUCUACAUUAACCAACAAGGCAAAUGGGAAGGGGUAAAGCCAAUUCGCCUCAGUGGAACCACUGAUUCUAUGUUUGGUAUUGCAGUUGAAAAUAUUGGUGAUAUUAAUCAAGAUGGAUUCCCAGAUAUUGCAGUGGGGGCACCAUAUGAUGAUUUUGGCAAGGUGUUCAUAUAUCAUGGAUCCAAGAAUGGAAUAAAUACAAAGCCAGCACAGAUUCUUGAUGGCAAAAAAUCCAGUGUUCAGUAUUUUGGUUAUUCUAUUACUGGAAAUAUGGAUCUUGAUAGAAACUCGUACCCUGAUAUUGCUGUUGGGUCACUUUCAGAUUCUGUCUCUGUUUACAGAUCCCGGCCUGUUAUAAGCAUUAAGAAAACCAUCAGGAUCUCUCCUGACAAAAUUGACCUGAACAGACAGACCUGUUUGGAACCUAGUGGAAUCUGCAUGGAUGUUGAAGCAUGUUUUGAAUAUAUUGCUAACCCCAAGGACUUCAAUCCAAAAAUAAAACUUAACUAUACUUUUGAAGCAGAAAAUGACAGGAGGCGGUUAGGCCUGCCAUCUCGAGUUCAGUUUUUUAAGCAUCUGUCUGAUCAGUUGAUUGGAAGUAUAACUCUAGGAGGACAGAACAGAAAAGGAUGUGUGAAAACUUCUCUUGUGAUGCAGGAAAAUAUCAAAGAUAAACUACGUCCAAUUCCUGUAUCGGUUGGCGUUAAAAUCAGCGGCUCAGAAUCCAGUUUACCAUCAAAGAGAAGACAAGGAAGAUCACUUCCAGAUCUUGUUCCAAUUCUAAAUUCAAACGAACCAGAAACAGUGAACUCAGAAGUGCAGUUCUUAAAAGAAGGAUGUGGAGAGGACAACAUAUGUAAUAGCAACCUAAAACUUCAAUACAGAUUCUGUACCAGAGAAGGAAAUGAUGGCAGAUUUGCUUAUUUACCAAUUGAGAACAAUGUUCCGGUGCUUGUCCUCAAAGAUCAGAAGGACAUUGCGCUAGAAAUAACUGUGACAAAUAAUCCAUCAGAUGCAAAAAAUCUCCAAAAAGAUGGUGAAGAUGCCCAUGAAGCUAAACUAGUUGCAACUUUUCCAGAUAGCUUGACCUACUCUUCUUUCAGAGAGCUGAGGGCUAAUCCCGAAAAACAAUUAACUUGUGGUGCCAAUCAAAACGGUUCUCAAGCAGAGUGUGAACUUGGAAAUCCCUUCAAGAGAAAUUCCAAUGUAACCUUUUAUCUGAUUUUAAGUACAACUAAAGUUAACGUUGACACAACUGAUUUGGAUGUUCAUCUGAAAUUGGAAACAACAAGCAAUCAAGUUAAUUUGGCUCCAAUUACUGCUACUGCUAAAGUGGUUAUUGAAUUGCUUUUGUCACUCACUGGAGUUGCUAAGCCUUCCCAGGUGUACUUUGGAGGUAACGUAAUUGGUGAGAGUGCUAUGGAAUCUGAAGAUGAUGUUGGAAACAUAAUAGAAUAUGAAUUCAGAAUAACUAACUUGGGUAGACCACUUAAAACAUUUGGCACAGCUUCCUUGGACAUCCAGUGGCCAAAAGAAAUCAGCAAUGGCAAAUGGCUGCUUUAUUUGAUGAAAGUAGACUCCAAAGAAUUGGAGAAAAUCCCUUGUGAACCUCGAAAUGAAAUAAACUCUUUGCGACUUAAGGAGUCCCAUAGGUCAAGAAGGAAACGUGAAGUUGCAGAGAAGCAGACUAAUAAUGGCCAAAAAAUGUCUUUAUUUUCAGAAAGAAAAUAUAAGACCCUAGACUGUAAUGUGAAUACACGCUGUGUGAAUAUAAAAUGUUCCUUGCAAGGCUUGGACAGAAUGGCAUUGAUUGUUCUGCGUUCAAGAUUGUGGAAUAGUACUUUCCUAGAGGAAUAUUCUACGCUGAACUACCUAGACAUCCUCGUUAGGGCUAAAAUCAGUGUUCCUGCUGCCGCUGAAAACAUUAAGCUCACAAAUGAAGUUGCUCAAGUGCGACUUACUGUUUUUCCUGCAAAGACCGUAGCACUUCAUACAGGAGUGCCUUGGUGGAUCAUCUUGGUGGCUAUUCUUGCUGGAAUACUGAUGCUCGCACUGUUGGUGUUUUUACUAUGGAAGUGUGGAUUCUUCCAGCGCUCCAGGUACGAUGACAGUGUCCCCCGAUACCAUGCUGUAAGAAUUCGGAAAGAGGAGCGACAGAUCAAAGAUGGGAAACAUAAAGAGAAUCUUGAGAAAAAACAAUGGAUUACAAAAUGGAAUGAAAAUGAAAGUUACUCAUAG